UUUCACUGUAUAUUAAGUCAGGCUAGUUCAGCGAGGACCGCAUCAUAUUAAGCCUGCCCUACACAACGUACUUUGCAAUUGCUUAACAGCCGUCUCCAUUUACACCGUGUUCUCCUGGUAUGGAGAGCAAAUUGACAAAUUUAAAACAGUGGAAGAAUGCAUCUCUGUAUGAAUGGCGUCCAUUUGAGAGUCAAGACCUAGCGACAUUACUGACAAAUUGUCGUGUCUCAACUUCUGCAAAUGGAUCUUGUUAUAGCGUCUUAGGAACUUCGUCGGGAAGAGUAUUUGUAUUCAAUAAGGAGUGGAACGCUGUGUAUUCUUUUACUGCAAUUGAAAAUGGAGAUAUACAGUUACUAAAGUUUGUUGAAAGUGGGGGAAUUCUUGUUAUCGUCGGGAACGAUCAUAAUGGCCGUGUUCUUCUUCAGUUCUGGCGGAUUGUCUUGGAGCAUCGAAAAAAGUCACGCCCUUAUAAAUGCGUUUACGAACAUUCCAUACACAAUAUAUCUAAACCGCCGCACCCGGCAACAGUCUUGUGUGUUUCAAAUGACCUCAGAACUGUAUUUUGUGGGUUCUCUAACGGAUUACUUAUUGCAAUAUAUGGAAAUUUUUUGAAAGAUUUAGGUUCUCAGCAAAGAGUUCUCUUAAAAAUCACCGAGCCAAUAACCAAUUUUCUCCUUACAACAGACAUCACAGCUAUUGUAACUACCUUUUCAAGCUCGUACUCUCUCCAUCUCCCAUCGUUGAAACUCUCACCAUUGGAAUUCAAAGGGGUCGGUUUAAAUUGUUGCUCGCGAUUUUCUAAAGAUAAGUUUAUUCUGAGUUAUAAGGAGUCUCUUUACGUUAUAGACUGUUUUGGAAGGGUUUCUGGCCGUAUCAAAACUCCAGUAUCAAUUACACAACUCGGGACUUGUUUUGGAGACGUGUAUAUUUUAGGAACUUCAAAAUCAGAUACAGAAGGAGCGAACAACGAAAUGUCAGUACUCCUACUUGAUAUAGAAAACAAGCUUAUCAAGCUUGACUCUCAUUUGCCUACUAUUUCAUGUUUCCUUUCCCAAAGAAAAGGUACCUUUGUUGCCGUUGACCAGCAAAAAACACUGAGAAUAACAAUUAAACGCAAUCACAAAGAUGUGUAUGAUUCUCUGGCGGACAAUAACCAAGUGGAUUUGGCAUAUUUUUUGGCGCACUACCUGCGGGAAGAUAAAAGACUCUUACAAACUUUUGCGUUGAGAUGCGGACAAGUAAAGCUAAAAGAGAAAAAGUUUGUUGAAGCGGUUGAUUAUUUUAUUUGUGCCAUACCCAGGGCGAAUUCUGUUGACAUUGCCGAUGCAUUAUUACACGAAAAUCAAUCAGCAGAAUUAGUUCGGUAUCUUGAACAGCUUUUAUGCAAGAAUUGUGCUACAGAGGAUGAUAUAAAAAUGCUACUCUACUUAGUAAUUGAGCUGAACGAGUUGGACUUGCUAAGAAAGUACAUCAGCAACAAAAUGUUUCCUUCUACUGCCGUCGUGAUCCCAAUUCUCUUUGAGUUUCAGCUUUACCAGGAGCUGGAACUUCUUGCCAUUACAUAUAAUCUAUCAAAGCUAAUGGCUGAAACAUUAAUGUUAAAAGAAUCGUACACUCAACUUUUUGAUUAUCUUGUUCAUUGCUCUCCCCUGGUAAUUGCUCAAAUUAUAAAGAAAUACGGUUACUCGUUGCUUCAGCUCACCGAAGAUGCGUUUUCCGACUUCUUGUUUAAACUCCUUACAAACCGCCAGUUAUUUAUUCAGUCCCACAACUGCUCCGAUGAUAGCAUUUCAUUCGUUGAUUUACAGCGAAUCUUUUGCUUUCGUAAACAUAAUCUGUUAGAUCUUCUGCGUAAACUGAAGAGCUCCGAAAGUAUGACAGAAGAUUAUGAAGGUCUUUACAAUCAUGUACUACUAGAAUCAUUUAUCAUCCAGUAUUGCAAAAGUCCGGACAGAAGUUUGGAAGAACAAGCAGUAUCUGUUAUUCGAAAUCACAAUUCAACCCUAGAUGUCACAUCUUUUGGUUUGUUGAUGCGAGGCAUUGGAUGGACAAAAGCGAUGCGAGCACUUUCUUUAAAAACUGAUUAUGCUCUUCCUAGUCCAAACACUAUUGUUGAAUAUUUUGAAAACUACGGCACCCUGAAAUUGGACGAUAUUCAAUCAGCGGAUGAUAGUCUUUCAACACUAGAGCAACUUGUUUCAGUCAUCACCGAGGAAACUAAACCUGUCAUACUUACUUUGGCUGAGAGAUGUCUAUCAGAGUAUAGAAUAUCACUGGACAAAGUGAUACAUGUACUCGAAAAAUGUAGUUUUCUCUCAUUGUGCGACGUCACGUCUCUCUGUACAAAGUGGAUCUCACAUUUUAAUGAAGUUAUUAACGAAAAUGAAGUUGCGACUAAAAAAUUACAAGCGGAAACCGAACAUCUCCAAGAAGAGAUUGAGCACAUGACAGAAGCAGACAAACUUUGCGACAUUUGUGGAACGCCGUUGAAGUACUCCUUUUCUGCUUACUCCUGCAAACACAUUGUCCACGCUUUCUGUGGUCAGGCAGAGCAGUGUCCAACUUGUGGGCAUGGGAUGCUUGAAAACGAGAACGAUUUCAGUACUGAUCCGGAUAUGUUUUAUGAACUAUUAGAAACGACAAAGCAGAAAGAUUCAUUUUUAGCGCAAUCUUUGUCAAGAAAUUGCCUAAUUUAACAAACGAUUCUCUCUCGACUUUAAGAGUUGGUUUCUUGAUGUUCAAUAUCUAGCAAACAAAUGCCUUCAUUCCUCUGGUGUAUCAUCCUUACCAUUUUCGUUCUCUUCUUCAGACUCAACUACUCUUUCCUCACUUUUUAUUUUAGAGUCGGAUGGCUGAUCAGAUUGUUUUGAAGUGUCGGAUUUGUUAUCUUCAGUGCUUGUUGAAUCUUCAAUACCUAGAGCCUUAUUCACUUCGUUUACGUAUGUCGUAAAUUGUUUCCAUUCGUCAAUGUUGAGGGCGAUUCCUUUAGCGCCUGGACGAAACUCUCCAUCUUUUUCGUAAUAUUCUCUUAUGUGAACAUAAUCUUUUCCUUUAAAUUGGGAAAUAGUAACACGUUUUUUCGUAGAAUCAUUUAUCUAUUAAUGUAAUUAGUCUUGUUG